AUGAGGCCUGUCGGUGAUACAUUCUACACCAUCGGCGCCGAGCGCAAAGGCGAGAGUCAUAGAGUCUACGCUGUCAGGCGACUUUGCCAGAACAGCGGCGUCUGUGACCUGCGGUUCGGAUCUCGAGGCAGCGGCGCCGGGGGAGAGGACGAUUUCAUGUUCAUGAGUCCGCGCGAGCCUCUCAGUCGGGAGCAGACGAGGUAUUUGCGGAAGCUGGUCGGACGAGAGAUGGAGCUGAGCGAGGAUGCUUCUUUUGAAUGCGUCGUCCGGUACAAGGAUUUCGUUGAAGAGUUCGGCGAUAGAAAACAGGCUGGUCGUGAGAAGAUGACAUGCGCGCUCGUUAUGGAUAAGCUCGAGUUCGAGUGGAGCGGCCCCCUGGCUAACGGCAUAUUACGAGGACUUGAGGAUACUGAUAUCGUCAACGUGGCCGUGGAUAUGCUCUCCGCGUUGACGUACCUUCACGCCCUGGGCAUCGUCCACGGAGACGUGCGGCCGCAGAAUGUCGUUCCAUACAAACUCUCCGGCCACGGGCUCGUGCCGGCUAUCUUUUCGAAGUGGGCGGAGUAUCCCGGUGAGACGUACACGGCGCCUGAGUUCGCGGGAAGGGGACGGUACAAGCCGACGCGGGAGAGCGACGUGUGGAUGCUCGGGACGAUGUUGCAGGAGCUCCACGAAUCCCGGUGGAAACGCAUCCCGGAGCCCAUCAGUCUCUAUUCGGAGUUUCUGACGAGAGAGGGGGCCUGCAAGAAUCCGGCAAUGCAGAUAUGGCACGACUGGCUCGAGGCGCUGGUAGCCAAGUUGCUGCAGGACAAGCCGGGAGAUCGGCCACGGGCGGAGGUCGCGUUGACGGAGCUUCUCGAAGAGAAGUAUAGGGCUACUGAGGGCGGCCAGGUGGGUGCUGAGAAGAGGGAGAUGAAGGAGGCUAUCAAGAAGGCCCGGGCGGAGAUGUGGCGGGCGACUACGAGGGGCAGGAUGUGGACUUGGUGGUCUUCCCGUGUCAAUAGGGGCUUUGAGAGCAUCACCCACGAUUCACGCUUCAAGAUGACCCCUACAUACCACAACCUUACUGGCGUUCCGGAUAAAGCCGGAAGAGCAAACAGAUACACGACUACGGGCUUGAAGACAGACGGGUACCAGAAGAAUGUCUACGAGUUGCACGACGGUCAUCAGUUAAAUGCGGAAGAUGGCGAGAACAACUUGAUGUUUAUCAAGUUCGUCGGACGCAGCCCGGAAGAAAAGAGGGAACUUGAGCAGAUGGCGAAGGAAGAAGUUUCCCUGAGUGAAGAUACUGCCUUUGAGUCAGUCGUUCGUUACAAGGACUACAUUGAAGAGCAAGACAUGCUGGUGGUCGAAGAAGCGAAUUGGAAGGGCAUCCAGCCUGGAACGUACAUAUCCGACGAAGAGCUUCUGAUCUUGGCCGUGGACGCGCUUUCUGCGCUGACGUAUCUCCAUGAUCGGCACCAAGUGCACGGGUAUGUUCACCCCAGGAACAUUAUCCGGUUUAAGCGUCCUGCAAACAAAGAUGGAGACAAGCUCUGGGGAUACAAGCUUAUCGGCCAUGGACUUGUGCCCAAGGUUAUGUGGACUUACAAUGACAUCCCUGGAGACCAGUUCACCCCGCCAGAGUUCCGCGGUAAGAAGAACUUUGGCUGA